AUGGUUCUCCAUGGCAAUGCAUAUCUUGGCUCUAGUUUGAGAGCCACUGGUUUCAUUGGCAUUGAGCUGUCCAAUUAUUACAAACAAAUCAUCUCGAAUUGGACAAGCGUGAAUAUAUGGCAAGCUGAUGGCAUUCUGAGCAUCAACAAACUUCUGGGUUUCCUCAGAAUCUGGGUCUUCCAACCAACGACAAUACUGGCAUCCAUUUUGGCUGCAGCCCUGUCAGCACCACAAUAUGGCUCCUACGCCCCCUAUGGCCGCUACACCGGCGACUACCGAGGUCACUAUGGUGGCUACCAGGGCAGUGUGGUCCACAGGAUCCUUCACGCCUUUGGGAUCCCACACCAGGAUGACUACAACUAUGACUACAACCGCUAUGACAGUCGGUUUUCUCUGGAAUAUGUGUGCCCAACCAUAACUCGCUGA